ACAGUAGCAGUUUCCUUUCUGUACUGAGGAGUGAUUAAGACACAAUCAUUUUUCUCUAAUCAGUCCUUAAGCUGUGAUGCAAAAGAGAAAGCUCAGUUCACACUUAUAGGCGCAUGAAAAAGAAGUGUUGUAAAGACAGUAUCCGAGUCAGCUUUUAAAAUUUACUGAACACCAUGUCCAAGAACAAUACUACUUGUGCUGCGGGAAGAGAAAAUGUGAUGUCCUCCAUUCUCCCUCCUUUACUUAUCAUUGAGCUCCUGCUUGGCCUGCCAGUAAACCUGAUGGCACUGUAUAUCUUCUUUCGCCACCUUCGGUCUUGGAGACCCAAUAUCUUGUUUCUCUUCAACCUGCUCCUGGCUGAUUUUCUCCUCUUGGUGAGCAUGCCAUUUCGGAUCGAUGCCUAUCUGCACUCUGAACGCUGGGUGUUCGGUGCUGCUUGGUGUCGGAUCAACCUCUUCAUGCUUGCAGUCAAUCGAUCAGCAAGCAUCGGCUUUAUGACCACUGUGGCUGUGCAUCGAUAUUUUAAAGUAGUCCAUCCACAUAAUAAAAUCAACUUUAUCAGCUCACGCCAAGCUGGAGGGAUCGCUUGUUUCAUCUGGGUAGUGGUGGUCUUAAUGCGGCUUCCUCUGCUGACUAACGAUCUCCUUAUAAAGAACGAGAAUAAUUCUUACUGUCGGAGCUUCAACAUUGAAAAUCCCCCCCUUGGUAUUAUUCUACACUAUGUGAUAUAUAUUGCUGAAUUUUUCCUCCCUCUAUUGACACUACUCUUCUGCUCCAUUCAAAUUGCCUGCAUAUUACAACAGCUGCAGAGGGGCAGAGAGAAGAAGGUGCGACAGGCUAUUCGCACCGUCCUAGUAAUUGUUGGGGUCUUCAUCUUUUGUUUCUCCCCUGGAGUUGCCACAGGACUGACCGCAAUCUAUUUAAAAAGGUUGGAGGACUACUGUAAUGCGUACACGUUAGUCAGUCAGCUGUUCGUCUUGUCCAUUGGGUUCACAUACAUGAACAGUGCCCUGGAUCCUGUCAUCUACUGCUUUUCUAGCACCAUGUUCCGAGAUGCAGUAAAAAGGUCUAUCAAUCGAGCUGGACUGAUGCAAUUUCAGCUAAGCCGCCGUGCCAGCACAGUGACUGGAAGUGAGUUCUGAGCAGGUGAUGGUUUCUGAAGGAAAACACAAAGUGCCAUCAGAUUUGAACUGAUUUUUUUGUUAUUUGUUAAUCAUGCCUGAAUGAGCUAAGACUCUGUUAAUGCAACUGUAUAGUGACCAUUAAAUACUUGGCAACCUUUACAAAAAAUGUUCCCAGGUAUUUAAAAGGUCACAGCAAUUUACCUUCCAUAAAAGUAUCUCAAUAGAUAGUGAAUGGGAAUGUUUCAGUUUAGUUUUUUUUUAUGCUUAAUUACAAUUGUAAUUGUAUGACAUAAAUGGAACAUUUAAAAUAUGUCAAGUUAGAUAAAGUUGGAAUGUCUUACAUUUGUAGUGAGCAAUAAUACCUUAGACAUAGCAUGCCCACAUUGCAGAUAGCCACCAAAAAGGCCUCCAUUAUACACACAGACACAUCAUUACACAAUUUAUUGUUCAAUAGCAAUAAAGACAACAAAUAUUCCGACCUAAUAUACAGGACAUAAGUUUAGCAACCAAAAUGAAGAAAUCUCCUGACUUUCCCAAAGCAUAUGACAGAAUAUCCCAUCAGACUCAUGAGAACAAAACACCUAAUAUGGAUCAUCAGUUGAUGGCUGAGAAUUCUAGAGGAGCGUUAUCCCAGGUGAUAAAGCGUACUAUGAUUUUAAUAAUAAUGCAUAUGUAAAUGUACAGAAUUUACCCCAACAAAACUGCGGCGUCCUCUC